CAGUGGGCGCACAACCCGGAUCUCGCGGUGCCCCGCUUCCCCUUCACUCAGCGGGCUCGUGCGUGGAGGUGUGCAUGCGCUUGCGCCACAUGAUACGCUAGUCAAUAGUCUUGCCGCGAAGCACGCCGCGCUCGCACACGCGCGUCAUGCCAUGCUACUCGCGCACGCAUUAACACAAUAUUAUGUACGCGAUCGACAACUCCCAGAAAUAUGUGGAGUCAUCGUUGGGGUGGGCUGUGGAGCGAGGCGAGGACUCUAGCUAUGACUCGGAGUGUGAGGACGAGAGCGCGCACAGGGCGGCCUCACGGACCCCCUCGGACACACUCGCCGCCGAGUUCGCGGAGUAUGUCACACUCACACCAACACCACCCAACCAGGCAAAGAUCGAGUUUGCCAUGAAGUUGGGUUACUCUGAGCGUUUGGCGCGGACGGCGCUGCAGCGGCUGGGCCCGGACCCGCCCUGCAACGAGCUGCUGGCGGAGCUGAUCAAGCUGGCCGCCAAGCAGCCGCCGCGCGCGCUGUCUCCCGCGCCGCCCGCCGAGCCCGAGCCGCCGCCCGAGCGGGGCGCGCUCAGGCACAUCGUCAUCGAUGGCAGCAAUGUCGCUAUGAGUCACGGCAACAAGGAGGUAUUUUCGUGCCGCGGCAUCGAGAUCUGCGUGGAGUGGUUCCGCGCGCGCGGCCACCGCGAGAUCACCGCCUUCGUGCCCAAGUGGCGCAAGGAGGCGUCGCGCCCCAACAACCCCAUCGCCGAGCGCGACGCGCUGGAGCGGCUCGAGCGCGAGCGCGUGCUCGUGUACACGCCCAGCCGGCUGCUCGGCGGCAAGCGGCUCGUCUGCUACGACGACCGCUACAUCCUGCGCCUCGCCGCCGAGACCGACGGCAUCGUCGUCUCCAACGAUAACUACCGCGACCUCGCCAGUGAAAAUCCAGAGUUUCGGAAAGUCGUAGAAGAGCGGCUGCUCAUGUACUCAUUCGUCAACGACCGUUUCAUGCCACCGGACGAUCCUCUUGGUCGCUCUGGACCUACGCUGGACGCGUUCCUGCGCGCGCCCGCCACUCGCGUGGAGCCUCCACCCGCCUGCCCUUACGGCCGCAAGUGCACGUACGGCAACAAGUGCAAGUUCCACCACCCCGAGCGCGCCGGCCGCCCGCAUAAGUCUGUCGCGGAGAAGCUUUCUGAGCGGGCCGCCAAGACCCUGCGAGCACGUGACUUACACACUGUGAGCCUACCGCCCGGCGGCCGCCCCGCUGAUGUUAAGCGGCAGCUCGCACGAGCUCAAUCCGCUGCUCCACGACUCGCAGAUCCUACGCUGGCGACGCACUUCGACCGCGCGCAAGUGGCAGGACCCUCGCAGCCGCCGCCGCCCGAUGUCAACACGCACCGUAAGCUGGCUCGCCAGCUCACGCUGAACCCGAGCUGCGACCCGCGGUUGCAAGCGCACUCGCUGGCGGCGCGCGUGGCUAGCGCGCCGGGCGGGGCGGGGGGCGCGGGCGGGGUGGCGGCGGCCAUGGCGGCCUACCCGGACGAGACGGACGCGCAGACCAUGUGCGCCAUCAUCCUGGCGCGCUACCGGCCCAGCGAGGCGCCGCCGCCGCGCGCUCCGCACUGA